AUGGCUUCCUUGCAGAUUGCAAGUCUCAUUUUUCUACUCAUUCUUCUGUCCUGGACAGUCCAAGGACAACAUAAAACAACGUUUGACUUGAUUGUAGCAACGGAUGGCAAUGGAAACUAUAGCAAGAUCAUGGAUGCAAUCGCAGCUGCUCCAAAGCUCAGUGCUAGGAAAUUCAUCAUCAAAAUUGAAAAAGGAAUUUAUACUGAAAAUGUCCUCGUUGAAGAUGACAAAACAAAUAUCAUUUUCAUCGGUGAUGGCAUUGAUAAAACAAUUAUCUCUGGGAGUAGAAGCGCUGGAGGUGGCUACAAGACAUACGACACAGCUACGUUAGGUAAAAUUUUUGACAGAUUCUACUUCAUUUUAGGGAUUCAUGGUGAUGGGUUCAUGGCAAUGGACAUGACAAUUGAAAAUACAGCUGGGGCAGCAAAUAUGCAAGCUGUUGCACUCCGCAGCAGUGCUCGAUCAGUCUUUUACCGUUGCAAAUUUUCUGGGUAUCAAGAUACGCUUUAUACUCAUCAGAACAAGCAAUUUUAUAGGCAAUGUGAAAUUUAUGGCACGAUAGAUUUCAUUUUUGGCGAUGCAACCGUGGUUCUUCAAAACUGUGCGAUUUAUGCCCGUCUUCCUCCAAAAGGUGAAUCAAACACAAUAACUAUUACAGCACAGGGGAGAAAUAAAUCUACUAAAACCACAGGGAUAGUAAUUCAAAAUUGUACUAUAACAGCAGCAGAUGAUCUUAAGAGAAGUGGAUCAUCAUUAAUCAAAUCAUAUCUUGGAAGACCAUGGAAGGAAUACUCAACAACGAUAGUCAUGCAAAGCUUCAUAGACAAUAUAAUAGACCCCGCUGGAUGGUUAGAGUGGGAGGAUAACAAAACCAAUUUGGCAACCAUAUUCUAUGCAGAAUAUGGAAAUAGAGGACCUGGAGCUGCUACAAAUAGAAGAGUCAAAUGGACCAGCUACCACAAAAUUAAUAGGCGUGAGGCCAUGAAAUUCACUGUUAGGAACUUUAUCUCAGGAAAUGAAUGGCUUCCAUCUCUAGGAAUCCCAUUCUUUCUUGAUCUCAUGUGA